UUAUGCUACAAAAAACUUAGCCCGUGUCAGCGCGCCGUGGCGGCCAAGUGGGGGGAUUUAUGGCACAGAAUUCCGUACAGUACGGGUUAAACCGUAGCGUACCGGCGCCACACCUCGGUCCUGCAAGCCCCGUGGACCAACUGCAAGGCCUUCCCCAACCCAGCGUGUCGGGCCCUGGCCAAUGCCGUGGCUGGCUGCAAUGCUCCCUGGGGUGGGUGAUGGUGCUAGUGGUGGGAGGCAUGGACACGGUGGUGGGUGGGCACUGGCGCAGACCAACCCGAAAGAGACGCGACCCCCCUCCACUCGGUCGGGCCCUCGGUCUCGCUCCCGUCGGUACCGCACGGCGCACGCACCGACCCUGUCUGAUACCUCUGCUUUCCAGGUCCAUGGAGGUUGCGGACCCGAUGUGCUGCAGCGCAGUGCAGUGCAGUGCAGUCCCCCAACAAGCGGCUGCUUUCGGCUGCAGCUUUUUUCUCUUUGUUCAGAACGGCUGCCGCGAUCAGACGUCCGUUCGCUCGCGGAUGCUGGCAGGCUGGCCCGGUUCACAGAUGAGAUGGAUGGCUGCGUCAAACCCGAGACGGGUGAUGGAUGGAGUGGAGUCUCUGUGCAUGACGAACUAGAAAAUUUGUUCGUCGCAGAAAGAAAAGAGGCGUGCGGCGCGGGUGUGAAGACGCUCGCACGUUCGUUGGACACUGUUCUGAUCUUGUGUGUGCGAGUUUUAUUACCAACAGGUCGAAAGCGAAGACGACGGCAGGGUUGGAGCUUGGGCAAUGAUUCGCAUUCCGUACCUGCCUAUCCUAGGUUUGGUUUGAGCAUCGCAUCUCUUUCGUCCCAUCGCAUCAUCAAAUCGCAACUCAUCUUACUCCCCUACCUUAAUAUGACGAGCACCAGGGCAUGCGUGCCCGCUUGUCAGCAGCCGCCGGGCCUUGUAGGGCGCAAUCGGGAGAGCUUACGUUCGGGGAAGGAGUUGUGAGGGGGCAGCCCGCCGGCCCGCAACGGCCCCCCCGGCUUCCACCCAAAAAUUCCAUCAUAUCCAUCAUCCGGGCGUGGUCCCAAAGGGAAGUUGACAGGCCUGAGAGCUUAUUUUGCUGCAGCAGAGAAACAGAACAACCUAAACUCCCAUCACACCCAUCACACACAUCUCCAUGCAACCUCAAGUCGCGCAUCACGGCAAACAAGAAGCGCGUUGGUUGGCGACAGUUCAAACCGAUUUCGUCUUUCGGUCCGUGAAUCACGCUAGUCCUGUUUGAGUUUUAUCAUUCGGCAGCAACACACCCCCAAUCAUGCAGGGUUAAAAUCUGCAGGGGCGCCUGUGUUGAAGAAACAGCAGGUUUUUGUUUCACAAUUGCCUGGCCAUGUUCUGAUUGGAAAAGCCUAGCUAUCAGCGCCACCACAAACCAAGCCCACGCACGGCACUCCAUGGUCC